CCUCGUUCAUAAGCACCCCACAACCCCACCCGCACACCACACAUCAUCCUGAAAGCAAAAGCAAGAGAGAGAAAAAAGAAGGCUGGAAAAGAAGCUCUCGAUAAAGAGGAGAAUUCAAGAAGGAAGAAGGGUUUUCUGUGCAACCCUUGGAGAAAAAUGACUCAAACUCAGAGGACACUAGAGAGCCAACUCUCUCUCACACAAUCUGUCCAGAUAUCAGGAAGUCUGAGUUUCAAUGGAACCUUAUCAAAAGAAGACGAAGAGAUGACCAAAUCUGCACUUUCCACUUUUAGGGCUAAGGAGGAGGAGAUUGAGAAGAAGAAGCUUGAGGUCAAAGAGAGAGUUCAAGCACAGUUGGGUCGUAUUGAAGAAGAAACUAAGCGUUUGGCUACAAUCCGUGAGGAACUAGAGGCGCUAGCGGAUCCGAUGAAGAAAGAAGUUGCGGUUGUUAGGAAGAAAAUUGAUACCGUGAACAAGGAAUUAAAACCACUUGGACAGACUUGCCAGAAGAAGGAAAAAGAGUACAAAGAAGCUCUCGAGGCUUUCAAUGAUAAGAACAAGGAAAAAGUGCAGCUGAUUACUAGAUUGAUGGAGAAUAUGCAGCUGGUUAGUGAAAGUGAGAAAUUGAGGAUGAAGAAGUUGGAGGAGCUGAGCAAAAACAUAGAGACAGUGAACAUAGCCUAAUUUUCACAACUAGUUAGAUUUGCGUGAUGUAUGUAAGCAUGAAAUUUCUAUUUAUAUGUGUUGUUUUUUGUGGGUUUGGUUGUAUUCUAUGGUUUUUCUUGUUUGUUUGUUUAGUUUUCGAAGGAAGGUUUCUAGUUUUAGGAAGACAAAUUUCCACUAUAAACUGAUUUGUAACUAAAACGGGUCUCACGUACGAAUUCUUCUAAUCUAGUGUUCCUUUUCUGUGUACU